AUGUCUCAAUAUCCAGAAGAUUCUCGGGUCACUAGGUUUCCACGAAGUGAGGAUGUCCGAGCUGUCACAGGUUGGCAACAGCCUGCUAAGAAUGGAUUUGCACCGAACCAACCGUACCAGGAAAAACUCUCUGUCAAUUAUUCCACUGAAAUUCUGCCUCCCAAACGCUCUAUGCCACCCCUUCCUGUCGAAGAGAGGCUCCCACAGGCCUCGAAUUCUCUUGGGAAGAGACAAGCAACUGCGUUCUGUAAGGAGAGCUCUCCCUGGAUAACAAACCAAAAGUUCGCCAUUCUAGGAACGUCUGGAACCACGUACCUUUCACAAAGGCUCACUUCAUCUCGUGAUAUCGUCAUAAUUCGAGAGCAUAUGAUUUCAGAGUCUGGAAUCACUCAAACCCUGAUACCAACAAGCCACAUGAAUGUGGUGAAAUUGAAAGAAGCGUUUGUGGACAAUGGUCUCGCCUACAUUGUGUACGAGCAAAUGGAAAUCUCUUUGCCACGUCUACGCUCCAGUGUUAAGCUCUAUAAUGCUGAAAUUGCCACUAUAUGCAAAGAGACUUUGAAGGGGCUGCUGUAUAUUCAUCAGACAUUGCGCGUCACCUAUACUGGGUUUCUGUAUAAGAAUAUUUUUUUCGAUCGCUCGGGCUCUGUCAAAAUUGGGAACAUCGGACCGAGUCUGAUGGCAAACAGCAAGCCGUCUCCGAGAAGUAACGCUGGAUCUGUUGGCAACCUUCUAUUGCAUAUUAUGCAACCGGGUACUAUGUGUCGUAAUCCAGAAGAGGCCUCAUUAAUUAAUCCUGAGAACUGGGAUAAAUCGAUCGUCGAAUUCCAAAAAUCAACCGAAGAUUUAUCCAUCGAGCAACUCCUAGAGGAGGGUGAGCCACGAUUGAUAAACCUUCCCGAAGGCAUAUCAAUAAAGCUUCUGCACGGUGAGCAUCGAAUGCGAGCAGCUGAGCAAUUUUUGGAACCGAGCGAAAGAUGGUGGGUCGUCAUGCUAUACACCACAGAGCUUGACCAGUCGACUCAGAAUGCUAUACGCGAGGAAUACUCACAUCAGUUGAAAUUCACUGACGGAGAUAUAUAUCGAAGCAUAUGCUUACAUGCUCGUCGUCAAGAUCCAUCACGGGUGAAGAAAUGGGAAGCAAGGCUGUCACCCAAGAAAAGAAAACUUGUUUCUUUACUGAACAAACCCCUGCACCAUCCAAUACGUGAUGGUCUAAAUCGGAAUUUACCCUUUGUCGGGUUGUGGGAUGUCCUCGAGAUUGGUGCUCUGAGCCGAAUCCUGCCGCUCCAUUGCCCCCAGGAAUUUGGGCACUAUCUCUGCCGGAUACAUGAGAUAUGGAGUUUUAUCCUUCAUGACUCCCACCUUUACGGAUUGCUCGAUCCCAGAACGGUCAGCCUGUUGGAAACUCUUUCGCCGGAAGCCUCUCAUGAUGCCUCUUUAAUUAUUAGGUUAAUGGAUAUAAGAGACAUCUUCCCUGGUAUUGAGAAUCUUAUCACACGCGAGGAAAUAAAGAAACGAAUUUUACAAGUCAAGGGCCGCAUACUCUCCUUUUACACUUUUUUUGAUGACUGGAAAUAUAUGGAAGCUCUAGUGAAAUCGGUUCGGCCGCUUUUACCGCUAUCGCAAAAUUCACUCCGUGAUGAAUUUUAUUCUCACUUCGUGGGCAAACGCCACUCGUCAAAUGGGAUCAAGAUCCAGACGGGUGAGCAUCGAUACCGGACUUGCCAUGAUAGCCUAGUGCAGCAAAAGUUCCUGGCGUACCUGAUGAUGUUCCUCGCUGCUAUGCGUGAUUUUCCAAUUCUCAGCCAAAUCGCACCCCGCAAGUCUAAAGGCGAAAAGAAGCCUUCAAUUGAAGGGUCCCCAGAGGAACGACAAUCUUCUCUUGCUCAACUAGCUGUCGAAAUAGGAUUCAAGUCUAAUGAAAUCGAGCGCCUGCUCGCCGCGGAUCCUGAUAUUGCAGCUGCCAGAUCUUUUCUGCGCCGAUCUCGACCACUGGACCGAUAUGCGGUAGACGAGAAAUAUGCCAUUGCUCUGUCAAGUCGGAUUGGGAAAGAGUUGAAAAAUUUGGCGACUCCAAUUUCCAGUAAAUCCCCCCCAGAAUUCUCAUGUCAGUUGGACCGUAUCCCCAAAGAAUUCCGAUGCGGGAUACCCGACAACCGGAGUUAUAAGAAUGACCGAGAACAUCUCUACAUCGAUGUAAUAUACAAUUACAACCCCAUUCCACGAUCUAAUUUAACCUCGUUGGCUUUUCAACGUGAUAUAUUUGUUUCGUACUUCGGAAUAAUCACUAUUCCCGGAACAUCUCAACGCAGCGAUUCAGCGGAUGGUGGAACCAAAGGGCCAGAGGACCCAUAUUCACCAGAAAUAGAACAUUCAGUUGUGAUCGAGGAAGCACAUUCCUCAGGAGAGGUUCCUUCUCAACCAGAUGCAGAAAACAAUAGCUCUGUCAUAUCAGCUGUGCAAGAUGAAGAGGAUUACUUUUUGAAUUACGCUCAGAAAAACACUUCCCCUAUUGGCUCAAGUGUUUACGGAGAAAGUCAAUCAGAGUGUUACAGUCGACCAAUGUCAAACUUUCCAGGCUAUAUAAGAUCUAUUGAGGCAGCCAUAUGGCCGCAUAAUCAACUGUCUGAAAGCCCUCAAAAUGAAGCAGAUGAAGGUAAUGCGCAAUUGAAUCUCAGGGAAAUUCAACUGGCACUAGGCUUUGAAAAAUCCUUAGCCAAAACCAUGAAUGAGUUUCAUUCCCUUGAGGAUGGAACUCGUCCAUCUGAUGCGGCGAGAGAGUUUCUUUCAUCUUCUGCUAUGAUAGUUGUCUUCAUGUGGAAGGAGGAAUCAUACAUCAAAUUCCAACCAAUUCCGGGACAGAGAUGGAUAUUUGAAGAAACAAUGAAUUCACUUGCUGAUUGUGAUUAUCAAUUUAUCUGGAUAGAUAAAGAGAACGUAGUUGUCAACGAUUUAGGUGAUAUUUGGGCAGUUGGACUGGAAGCAAGGCUUGUUUUUGCUGGCCCCAAAAUGGAUUAUGCGGAUGAAGAGUCAUUAGAAUCUUUUCUGGCGUGGAUCGACAAUCAAAGAGCCAUGUGA